UUCAGUCACUUGAAUUUUUUUCCUCUCCUCACUGGCAGGCUCUGUGUGGCUGUAGGAGGAGUUUGCGGUCACCUCCCCCUCCCAGGCGCUGCGGACAGAUUCCCCUGCCAAGGUACCACCCCACCUGCCAAGAUGUCCAGCAAACGUGCCAAAGCCAAGACCACCAAGAAGCGCCCCCAGCGUGCCACCUCCAACGUCUUCGCCAUGUUCGACCAGUCACAGAUCCAGGAGUUCAAGGAAGCCUUCAACAUGAUCGACCAGAACCGCGACGGCUUCAUUGACAAGGAGGAUCUGCACGACAUGCUGGCUUCCCUCGGCAAGAACCCCACUGACGAGUACCUGGAGGGCAUGAUGAGCGAGGCGCCAGGGCCCAUCAACUUCACCAUGUUCCUCACCAUGUUUGGGGAGAAGCUGAAUGGCACCGACCCGGAGGAUGUCAUCCGCAACGCCUUCGCCUGCUUCGACGAGGAGGCGUCGGGCUUCAUUCACGAGGACCAUCUGCGUGAGCUGCUGACCACCAUGGGAGACAGGUUCACUGAUGAGGAGGUGGAUGAGAUGUACCGGGAGGCACCCAUCGACAAGAAGGGCAACUUCAACUACGUGGAGUUCACCCGCAUCCUGAAGCAUGGGGCCAAGGACAAGGACGAUUAGAGCCCAGGGCCACUCGUUCCUUCUGUCUCCUCCUGAGCACACCUCCCACCCCUCGGUCCCCCACAGCUGUCUCCCCCCGUGGGAAACACCUCCCAGGACCAGCACCUUGCAUCGGGUCACGCUUGGAGGGGAAGUGCUCCCAUCACUGCAUCGCUGUGUGCCCAUCCAUCAGCUCCAGGCCUCCCCUCCCAUCACCUCUCCCACCCACAGACUCGCUUUGCUGGGACGCCCAGCCUGGCUGUGACCCCCCCCAAGCACCUGUUGACCCCCAAAGCCACCAUGCCGCUGGUCCCCAGGGCCAGGGUGAACAUCCCAGGUGAGCACUGGCCCGUGGGGAUUUUGGCUGCUUGAGCCUGAGCGAUCCCCAUCUUGGGUCUGUUGCACAGAGAGGAAGCAUCUCUCUGCUCUCCUCCCAUGCUCCCUUCCUUUGUGAAAGAAAAACCACUUUGUUUCCUCCUCCCUUGCUGUUUUAUGGCUUUAGAGCCUGUGAUCUGAGGGAUUCAGGAAGCUGAAGCGGCGUAUAAAAUCUGUUGGGUGUGAUACGGA